UAUACCACUAUUAUUUUCAUCUCAUAGGUACAUGCUUAGCUAGCAUAUGAUGAAAUGAUAUGGUUGAUUUACUUGCAUCUUUUCAGUCAUGCUUUUGUUGUCGAUUCCAAUGACAGUGAAGCUCUAACCCAAAUACUAAGAUAUUAUGAGGGAUUAAAAAAAGACGAUUUAAAACAUAACAUUAUACGUCGAGAUAUUAACAAUCACCAUGAAAGACAUUUAUCUUUUCAAAGUCAUGGUAGAACUUUCCGUUUGAAACUUUUUCCUCAUUCAGAGAUUUUUUCACCGUCAUUUGAAUCGGUAGCAAUUGACAAAUAUGGCAAGCAGACAAUUGUGCAUAUUGACCGAAAUAGCCAUUAUAAAGGCUACUUGAAAGACCAUGAGUAUUCAAACUCAGUGGUACAUAUUGAUGAUGGCAUGGUUACUGCUACUAUUAAUACAGAUAACGAUACUUUUGUUAUUGAACCAAUGUGGAGACAUGAUGAUAAAAAUUCUUUCCAUGAUAUGAUUAUUUACAAAGUUUCAGACAUAUAUUGGAAUUUAACACACAAGGAGCAUAACUUUAAAAUGCACCAUUUAAGAAACCAUGAGGAAGAUAACAGAGUCAAAAGAAGUGCUGAAGAUUUUAUAAAGAACAUGUGUAGUAUUAUUUUGAUUGGUGAUCAUGUGUUUUUUAAAGAGGUUGGGCGUGGUAGAGAAACUGUGGCUAUACACUACAUGAUUAGUAUACUUGCGCGUGUCAAUCUAAUCUACCAACAGACAGACUGGCCUGGUAUUGAAAUUAAGAUUGGCUUUAAAGUUGCAAAAACAAUUGUGCAUACAAACUACAGUGAGACAGGAUAUAACAAGGACAUUAGCUGGAACGGAAACGAUUUACUCAAUACACUCAUUGUUGCUAACUGGAGCAAGUAUUGUCUCGCUCAUUUAUUUACCCAUCACCAAUUUGAUAAAGGAGUUGUGGGAAUGGCAAAAAUUGGCAGCGUUUGUUCCAGCCAUGGAAAUUGUGCGAUCAGCACAGAUACGUUUUAUGGGCGACGCUUGCUUAAUACAGAGGUGGUUUUAGUUGUAGCUCACGAAAUCGGUCACAAUCUUGGAGCAGACCAUGAUCCAGACUCUUGUUCAUCAGAUCCUAAAGACAAAUACAUAAUGUGCCCCACAGUAGGUACAGAUGAUGCCAAUAAAUUAAAAUUUUCUGCCAAUAGUAUUAAACAGAUUGCUAACACUCUGAGACAAAAAAAGAGGUUGUGUUUUACUGCUGAAAGUGAUCAGUAUUGUGGAAAUUUUUUUCUUGAAAAAGGAGAGCAAUGUGAUGCAGGAUACAAAGAAGAUAGUUGUUGCACAAAAGAUUGUCGGCUUAAGAAGAAUGCUGUUUGUAGUGAUUCAAACCAUGCCUGCUGUUUAGAUUGUCAGUAUGCUCCAAAAACAACAAUUUGUCAAAAGGAAUUUAGACUGGAGUGUUCAGGAGAAACUAAAUGCAAUGGCAGUUCCAUGCAUUGUCCCCUUGCAACAAAAUUAAACAAUGAAGAGCAGUGUGGAGUAAGUAAAGGUAACUGCAUAAAUGGUACUUGCAUGUCUUUAUGUGUCCAAAAUGGUACCCGAUCAUGCCCCUGUCCGCAUCAACAUGAUGCUUGCAGAGUAUGUUGUAAAAAUAGUGAGAACAAUUGUGUGCCAUUACUUCGUUAUGGUAGAAAAAUGAAUGAAAAUGAUGGUGUGUCUUGUUUAGUUGAAAAAGAAAACCCGGGGCAAUGUGUGAAUGGUACGUGUGUAAAAACACAACAAAAUGUAGAGGAUGAAUUUCAGGACUUGUUGCAUAGUUUUACAUUUAGUAAAUUUAAGCGCUUUUUGCAAGCCAAUAUUGUAGGGACGGUUCUGGUGUUUUCUUUGAUAUUGUGGAUUCCAGCCAGUUGUAUUGUCCAUUAUUUGGAUAAAAAGCAGGACAGGUUGGACAAAGAAAUGAUGUCUUGGUCAUACCCAUUUAAUCCUUAUUUAAUGAAAGAGACAUCAAAAUCAAGUAAAAACAAAGCAUAUCAUAACCUAAACAAGUUAAGGUUGAGAUCGCAUUACCACAUAUCUUCAUAAACGUAUUUAUGAUAAAUUGUCAACUGUAUCUAGAUGAAGCUAAAUUGUUGUAUAAAAUAUGAUGUUUUUCACUUUUUUUAGUUAAAAUAAUUGUCACAGUCUUUUCUAGAAUUAUAGAAAUUUUUUCAGUUGUUUUUCACACUAUUCACUAUUUAUAACAGUGUCUUAUAAAUACACUUUUUAUUUAUUUGGGUUAUUUCGUAAUGUCGUAGAUAAGUUUGAAAAAAAUGUUUCGAUUUUUCAUGUAAAUAGUUUAAUUAUUCGUCUUUCUUAUUUAAACAAGUAAUUUUCAAUUAAAUUGUAAGUUUUAAUAUUUUGUUUUAUUUAUAUUUUUUAGAUCUUUCAUAUGUUAUUUUUUAUAUAUAUAUAUAUUUGGAUGUUACAACUUUUUUUUAUUUUUAUUAUUUUCAGAGAAAAAUUGGUAAUAAGAUGCCAUAAUUCUGCCUCGAAAAAAUUUGAUAACGAAUCAAAGUUCAAUCUGGCAAGGUCUUGAUAUAUUCUUUCGUAUGGGGAUGAAAUUUUGUUAAAAUACUUUAAUUUCAUUACGCUAGAAUUUUUUAAAUUUUUUAUCAUUUUCCAUUCGAACUUUAAAAACAGAAAAAAUUUGUGUGAAAACGCACUUGUUUUCUUGCCUCUUCCGGAUUCCUAUAACUAAAAGGUAUUUUUAGUUACAGAAAUUUUUAGUUCAGGUAAAGUAAGUCCUCAACAUAUAACAGUUGUAACUAGAAACAUAUGCAAAAAAUGUGCAUUGCCAUUUUUAUAGGUUGAAUUUCAUGCUGAAACCGUUUGUGCUUCGGUGCAAUGAUCCAAAUAACUCUUAUUUGUAUGUUUUUUUUUAAUUUUAAAUUUAAACGAAUUAUAACGUUUUUAUGCAUCAAAUUAUCAAAUUGUUUCUUUUAGCUUU